AUGAGUGAGUAUGAGAAUUACGCUUUGAUGCUGCAACACUCUGUCCAAGCCAUCCAACAUGCUCACUCCUUCUCCAUGCAAGCUUUCGAAACAAUGGAGAAGUUGGUCGAUACGAAGAGGGAGGUUUCUGCCCUCAAAAGGAAGAACAAAGUUGUUCUGAUAAAGAUGAAGAAGCUGGAAGAUCAGGCCGAGGCUGCCACUAAGGCCCAACAGAUGGCCGAAGAAAAAGCGGAGUCUGCUGAAGCCAUCAAAAAAGCUGAAGCUAUUCCUCUCCCAUUCCUUCCUCCUGCUCCACCUUCAAGUCAAGCUGAAGAUGAGUCAGAAUCUGAGGCUGAGGAUGAAGAUAACAAUGAAGAUGAGGCCUUGGUGAGGAAAUCCAAGGAUGCUACUGAGGCCAAGUCCCUUCCUCCAACUGAGCAAGUCAUGGACUUAACCUUAGAUGAAGAGGGUGAUGAGGUUGGGGAGGCGCCUAGGGAAGCUGUUACAGGGCAAUUGUCAUCCGACCUUCUCUUAGCUGAAAGAAGUCUUGACAAAACACUUGCAGAGAUUGAUGCCGAGCUGGCUACAGAGAAGGCUGCCGAGGUAGUUCCCCAGGAAUCUGCCGAGGUCCAGACCAAAAUCGCUCCUAAAACUAAAGAAUCAUAA